AUUGGUAUAAGAUUAGUGAUUAAGGGUUGAAAUAUAAUCGAUUAUUUGCAAUCAAUAUAUCAUAGUAUUCAACUAGACAAAGACAUAUCAAACAAUAAACAAUUUCAAAAUUGCAAUGAAAUGUAACCAUUGAUACAAUGAUUAGUCAUUAAUUAUUGAAAUGUAGUCAAUCAUUAGCUCAAAGUACCAACGUCAAAGUUUCGAUGAAAUCAAAAGUAGAAAAGUUGCUCGAAAUUGGUUCAAUAACUGCAGAUGUAUGACAUGAAACUUAAUUCUAAAAUCAAUUAUUUACUCAGAUUUCUCAUUAUAAUUUAUUCCAUAACGAAUUAGCCACUGAAUAAUACAGUAGAAACACUUCAAUGUACUAUAUUUAACCAAAAAAAAACCUAGUAAUUUCCAUUAUAUUCAAAAUUCAAGCAAGUAAUCCUAAACAUAUGGUUGAAAAUUAUGAACAAUUUCAAAAGCAAUAUCAAUGAAAACAAUCAAUUAUCAACAACGUAGCAACAUCAAAACUUAAACAACUUUUUACCUCAACAAUGAUAAGAACAGGUGAAAAUUGAAGCGAGAAUCACGAUUUGAGGAUAAGCAGAAGCGAUUUGGAGUUCCUAAUUUUCCACGAGAAAGAAGAAUCACAGGGGGUAGUCACUGGAAAAUCGAGAAUGAGUGCAAGUAAUUUAGUAGCAGAAAAAGUGUGGAAGGAAAUUGAAUCUACACAUACAGUGAAUGAUGAUCAACUUUAUAUUUUACAUUUUUUGUUUGGUAAGAACUUUGAGGGAGCUAGUAGAAUAGUGGAUCAAAGAGGUGUUAAGAGAAUUUCUGGUGAACCAAGUGGAAGGUUUAUCUUUCAGGUUACAGGCGAAUCACGGAAAAAAGACGAGUAUCUGUGUUUUGCCGAAAACUUUUGUGCAUGUUAUUCUUUCUUCUAUGAUGUUGUCAACAGAGGGGAACAACUUUGUUGUAAACAUCAGUUAGCUGCGAGACUUGCUGAGUCAUUGGGAUCGUACGUCGAAGUUAAGGUAUCUGAUGAAGAGCUAGCUUUGUUGCUUUCCAAAAUAUAGUCCUCACAUUUUUAUUUUUAUUUCUUGUUAAGAAAACAAAUACAUUGCUUUGUGGAAACUAGAUUAGACAAAGAACACUUCAUUACUGGUAAAAAAAGUGCGAUUAGAGUGGCUCUUGAAAAUGAAUAGCAGAAGCGCAAAAGCUAUUAAUUAGAUUGACUUUUCUUGUUAAUUAUUGAAGUGGAAAUUAGUAU